CGUCGCCAGAACGCAAAAAAACACAAACUUGGGCGAAGCAAAGCAAAUAAAACGGACAGACCAGAUCAAAAAAAUUCUAUUAAAGAGGAAAAAAAUAAAACGCAAGCAAAAUUUUGAAUUUCCAUUUUGUUGCUAAUAAAUAGUCGGAGCUGUUAAAAAGUAACCAAACAACAACAACAACAACAACAAUAACAGGAAAGCAACGCGUAACGGUAACGGGAGCAACGAACGAAGCAAACGAGACCAAGGAGCAAACCCAUCAAUCAAGUGUGCAAGGAAGAGGCGCUGGCGAGUGAGUGAAAGCGAGAUAGAGAGAGACGCACACGUGGGCUGGUAAUUGAGUGAGAGGGAGCCGAAGAGUUUGUGCUAAGUAGUAGAAGAAGAAGGAGGCGCCGCAGUACUACAAAGAUGUCAUGGAGAUAUGCGCUUCUCACCGACAGAUACAGCAGCAGCAUUGGUGAUAGAUACAGUCCCCACUACUAUCAGUCACCCAGCCGCCUGGAGAAUUCUGAACAGACCACAGGACGUCAGUUGCAGCGCGUCCUGCACUACUCUAUGGCUCCAUGCCGAACAUUGCCGGGCCUACGCCGAUCCGAGUGUGCCAUACACGAUGUUGACUGUGAUGAAGUUUAUCCGGGCAUCUACAUAGGUGAUGCUGCGGCAGCAAAGAAUAAAACUUAUUUGCGUCUGAUGGGCAUCACACACGUCCUGAAUGCCGCGGAGGGCUGUCGUUAUGGCCAGGUGGAUACUGGGCACAGUUACUAUCGGGAUAUGCCAAGCAUUAGACGGAAACAUAAGGAAUGCCCUUUUAGGUAUAUGGGAUUCCCGAUGAUCGAUGCCCCCACCACAGACAUCUCGCGUUACUUUUAUGUGGCAGCCAAAUUUAUUGACAGCGCCAUCAGCAGCGGCGGCAAAAUCCUGGUGCAUUGCCUGGUGGGCAUGUCGCGAUCGGCCACCUGCGUCCUGGCCUAUCUGAUGAUCUGUCGCAAAAUGUCUGCCGUCGAUGCGAUACGCACGGUGCGCAUGCGUCGUGAGAUUCGUCCCAACGAUGGUUUUCUGCAACAGCUGGCCGACCUGGACAUGGAGUUGAAGCGCAAAAAUUUGUAUCCCUACUAAGAGGCACCCGCAAACCAUUUAACAGAAGUACUUGUACACCAACACAACCAAAGAUACUCCUCCACACACACACAUACACACAAAACAAAAAUAAUAAGCUUCGUGUUAUAUAAAUUAAGACCCGGAGUUCCACGUAAAAAAAAAAACAACAAGAAAUCGAAACAGAUGGAAACGAAAACCCCAACCAAACCAAAUCAAAACAAACUUGUUGUAUAGAAUAUGACAAAUACACACAAAUAUAUAUAUAUAUAUAUA